CUUUGGAUAGCUUUUGAAGUCUAUUUUCAUAUUUGAGUGGCCACAGUUCGAGAGGAGAGAGCAAUCAUCCAAAAAUCGAUCUGGAACGAGCAGAGGUCUGUGAACUCGAGCUGUGAGGGUGCUGAGACUGUUUGGUCGAUAUCUCGAGUUUUACCAAUCCAAUUAAGGCGUGUGAGAUACCAAAAGAAAGCUCUCAAGACGAGGAAUCCGUGAAGGUCUGGUUUGCAUCAAUCGGAGUAGAGGAAGGCUUCCAAAUCGUCCGAACAGAACGCGACCUCGCAGGAACGGAUUUACUCUUCUAAGAAACGAGUUAGCCGGAAAACACCCAUUCUAGGGGCUGUUUUUGUACCAACGUUUAGGGGUUGAGCUAGCACCUUGAAGAGGCUGUUUAACACUCAUAUUUGAGCAAGGAAUCAGUUCCAAAUCCACCUUGACCGAAGCUUUGACCAUUGGACCAAGAAGGGAAAGUUUAAAGCUCAAUUGAGGUUGAGGCUAGAGCUUGCUUCCUGUGCUCGUUGCCCGAGUGAUUUUCCCCGGAGAGAAGACUUGAAAUGGACCGUGGUGGCAGGAUUACUAGGAGAAACCCGACCGGCCAUGUACCAGUGGAGACUGGACAGGGCAGUCGAAGGACCUCUAGGGCAUCUAGAGGAGCUGGCCGUGGAGGCCGAUCAUAGACCGUGAGUGACGGUCAUGUCGACACGGAAAGUGAAACCUACUGGUCCUAUGAGGACUCGACCUAUCGACCGGAAACUGAGCCGGUUGAGACCCCUUAUGAAGGGGAUGAUGAUGAUGUAAGUGAUGAGGAGGAAAAUGGCUCCUUAGCACGGAUUGAAGCACUACUUCAACAGUACCACCGUGAGCGUGAGGAGAGGAGGGAACGUCGAAGGCGCCGGGCUGGGCAACCUUCGGGCGGGGCUUCAAGAGGGAGAAGCCAUGGCGACUCUAGGGCCCACAUUGAACCACAUGGGGGUCGGGGUGAUGGGGGUCUGAUGAGCUAGAAUUUGUUCUUCAUUUUUAUAUUACUUUAUUAAAAUUCUAAGCUAAUUAUUUACCUAAUUGAGAGGUUUGAGUUAUAUUUUGGGAUAAAAAUAAUUUUUACAGGUGAGAACUUUAAUGGAAGGAUUUGAGGACUUUUGUACUGAUUUGUGGAGAUUUUUCCCUUUUCCAAGGGCUGUUGAAAAGUUGAAAGAAAGUGAGCAUUUUUUUUAAUGAAAAAGGAUUCCUGUGCAGCAAAAUAGAAAAAAGGAAAAAGAGGAUUACUCCUCAUUAUUUACUCGGCAUCAAUCGCUCAGACCAGUCGGGGGAGAGCUAAAGCAGUCCAGUGGCGCACAAGGGAAAAGGAUCCGAUCCAAAUUAAAAGAGGGCAGUUAUCUCAGUCUUAAACUCACACACCUGCAACCCAAAUCCGGAAAGAAAAGAAGGAACAAAGGGCCCAAGAACAGUACGGAAUGCAGCGAGAGAGGAACUCCUGGUUUCAUUAGUUCGACCGGCACCGAAAAUUGAGGCGGCUAGCGUGUACAGCGGCAAACUGAUGAAACGGCUGUGCUCUUUCGCUAUAAAAAAAACGCAGCAGUGAUUCUUCUUAGAGGACGUUCGAGGUCGGGGAUUCUGGUCGGGCACUAAACAGAGGAAAGGGCCAGACCGGAAGCUGGAAGGAAGGCUCGUUACCUUGUCUAGUUGGCUGGAUUCCAGAAAUAAGAACAGCAUCAGCAAGUCUUGGAGAAAAUUCAGCAAUAGCUACACUGGUUUGCUGAUAUGAAAUCCAAUUUUCUUCUAUUUUUGCUAUGCAUUCGAUUCGUAUAAUGUCUAGUUUUACUUAUGGAGUCUACCAAAAGUACUUUGCUCUUUCCUAGAACGGUGAAUCGUACUUGAUGGCCAGAACAAAUUGCUUUAUUCAUAUUGUUCUUUAUUGUUAUGAGUAGCUAAAUUCUUUAAGUCCAGGAGUAUGAUGAAGUUGCUAUGAUUUAGUAUGAAUUGUGAUUUUAGUUAUGUCAAUUGGUUGAGUUUUAUCCAUUGUUCUUAUUCGCUUAAUUGGUUGUGUUAAUUUCUGGCCAACUUUAGCAUGAUUAAUUAAGUUGUGAGUGGAUUAAUAGAGUACAUGCCAUACCUAUUAGUUCGAGCUCUUUUGGAUAAAAGAAUAGAUAAUUUAGUUGUCUUGUUAGGUUAUCUAUUUGGUUCUUAAAUCGGGUUUCCGUAGUUCUUUUGUGAUUAAUGGAUUUUUAACUAUUGAAUUAAUAAUUUCCUGUUAAUUAAUAGUUAAAGUACGUGACUUAUUCUGGACGCCAUACGGAAUAGUCAUAUUUUUGUCUAGAACGAACUCUCAAUUCUAAUUGACUAACUAAAUCACAAAUGCUAAAAAUUAGUGACUGAAUCAUAAUCCUGGACUAUCUUUUCUCUUGUUAAAUUCUCAAUCAAUUUUACGUCAGUUGUUUGAUCACUUUAUUUUUAAUCAAUUGAAUUCCUUGCAUCCAUUUUAAUUCAAGCUUUACUUUUCAGUUUCAAAUCAAAACAUUCUCAAAUCUCUCUUUUAGUUAAAUUAAUUUUAUUUUUUUUAUUUUUAAUUAAUAGUUUUCCAAUUACUUAGUUGCAUUUUCCCCGUGGAUUCGACCCUUACUUGAGCACUGUACUAUCGCGAUUCGUGCACUUGCGAGGACUAUUAUAAAUUGUCUAUCAGGGUCCAAUCAUAAGGAUCUCCAAAUACAUCAAAGAGGCACGAGACUUGGGGUGCAAACCGUUCGAUGGGACGGGUGACAUCUCCGUUUCGGCACAAUGGAUUAAACGGCUGAAUGAGGCAGCCCUGGACAUGCAACUCACCCCCGAAUAUAAACUAAGGGUUGCGGUGAGAUUGCUUGAAGGUAUGGCAUCCAAGUGGUGGGAUGGGACCAAAGGCAAAUAUGGCGAGACCGUCACUUGGGAGAAUUUCCGACAGGAAUUCUUUGCCCAAUAUUACUCGGAUUUUGAGGUGAACAAGAAAGUGAGGGAAUACACCCUUCUAACCCAAGGGGGUAACAUGACGGUGAGGGAACUUGAGUACAAGUUCAGGGAUCUUGCCGAUUACAUACCUGAGUAUGCUUGUGACGAGAACCGGAUGGUGAACCACUUCUGGGAUGCUCUAGACUUGGAGAUACGUGACAGGGCAACGCAAUUGCCUAACAUGACGUUUGCUCAAGUGGUUGACCAAGGGUUGAAAGGAGAGAAGCAAUGGGAAGAAAGGAAGAAGAGGGACGCCGAGGAGGCGAAAAAGAGAAAGUGGGAGAGUCAUGGCUCCCAAGGUUCCAACAAAAAGGGGAACCACGGAGGAGGAUCUUUCCGGGCACCACCGCCACCAUAUAGGGGGAACCAAGGCCCGAGUGGGCAAGGCGCGAGGUCACAAACCUCAGAGGUAGCUCGUUGCAACAAUUGCAAGAAGAACCACUCCGGUAAAUGUCGCGACCCCCCUAGAUGUUUCCAAUGUGGGGAUGCCGGACAUUUGAAGGCGCAUUGCCCACAAUUGGGCGGGACCAGGACAUCGGGACCGAGUAGUGGCCCGACGGGUACACGGAAUCAAACCGGGGCUUCUCAAGCAAGCCGGGGACACGGGGGAGCGAGUACGAGCAACGCGCCAUCCGUGAAUCAAGGAAGGACUCAAGCUCGAGUCUAUGCGAUGACGGAAGCGGAUGCUCGAGCGAACCCGGAUUCCAUUGCAGGUAUUUAUCUCAUUAGAGUGUGGUAGAUUAGCCUUACUUGUGUGUACACGUUUAGGGAUUAAGCCCCGAACAAUUUAGGAUCACGUGGGGAUGUUUAAAGUUAAAACGUACAAAAAAAGGGGGGAACCGGCGCCGGAAACCCACUAACCGGCGCCGGAGAUGGCGAUUCGGUGAGCCUGUUUGGAACCGGCUCUCUCCAACCGGCGCACAACGAGGCAUUUUUCCAGCCAACCGGCGCCGGACACCCCCUAACCGGCGCCGGAUCUGCCCUGGGACGAGCCUGUGUGCUACCGGCCCUCCAUAACCGGCGCUGUUAGCCUGGAAACCCACCCAACCGGCGCCGGAAACCCACCAACCGGCGCCGGACCUUCCCUGGAGCAAAGCCUGUAUGGAACCGGCCCAUUAUGACCGGUGCAGCCGGGACGUUUAACCCGGGCAACCGGCGCCGGUCAAGCCCGAACCGGCGCCGGUCCGAAACUGUUUUCGUCCGAAAAUUUUCCGUAUCAAAACGGGGCCCACCCCGUUUGAACGGUAAAUGCACCCUAACCCUAAAUUAAGUUUAGACAUGUUAGGAAUGGUGUCUUACAUGGCUUAUAAAUGUAGGAACAUUAAAGAUUAAUGGGAAGGAUGCACGAAUCCUUAUCGAUACCGGAGCGCAACGUUCAUUCGCGAGUGAGGCGUUUGCCGAGAGCUUAGAGAUACAAUCAAUACCAAUGACACAAACCUUAGUGGUAUCAACCCCACUAGGGGAAGACGUUGAAAGAAACAAUUACUAUCCAUCUUGUACGGUGGAAAUCGGUGGCCAAACCUUGACGUGUGAUUUCGUACCGCUGAGUAUGAUGGAGUUCGAUGCAAUCCUAGGGAUGGAUUGGCUAGAAAAGCAUCAUGCUAGGGUAGAUUGCUACACAAAGGUGUUGGAACUUGAAGGCAAACAUGGGGACACCCUACGCUUCGAGGGGGACCGAGGCAAAUCAAAUAGUUGUAUCAUAUCCGCCGUAAGAGCGAGAAAUAUGAUGAAGAAGGGAUGUCACGCAUAUCUAGCAUACGUGGUUGACGAGACCAAGGAAGAAACGAACAUCGAUGAUGUGAGGGUGGUUUGUAAGUAUCCGGAUGUCUUCCCUAAAGACCUACCGGGGCUUCCACCUGAUAGGGAGAUUGAAUUUGUGAUCGAGGUUGAGCCUGGUACCAAACCAAUCUCCAUACCGCCAUACCGUAUGGCACCCGCUGAACUUAACGAGUUGAAAACCCAAUUGCAAGAGCUUUUGGAUAACGGUUUCAUUAGACCAAGCCACUCCCCGUGGGGAGCACCAGUUCUUUUUGUGAAAAAGAAAGACGGGACACUUCGAAUGUGCAUUGACUAUCGUCAACUGAACAAGGUCACAAUCAAGAAUAGGUAUCCGUUGCCUAGGAUUGAUGACUUGUUUGAUCAACUACGAGGAGCAACCGUGUUUUCGAAGAUUGACUUGAGAUCGGGGUACCAUCAAUUGAAGAUUAAGGAAGACGACAUACCAAAGAGUGCUUUCCGCACAAGGUAUGGGCAUUUUGAGUUCCUUGUUAUGUCGUUUGGGUUAACAAACGCCCCAGCGGCAUUCAUGGACUUGAUGAACCGAGUAUUCCAUAAAUACUUGGAUCGAUUCGUGAUUGUGUUCAUUGAUGACAUCUUGAUUUACUCAAAGAGUGAAGAAGAGCACGAAGAGCACUUGAUACUUGUUCUUGAGACACUACGGGAGAAGCAACUUUAUGCCAAAUUUUCUAAAUGUGAAUUUUGGCUAAAGGAGAUUGGCUUCCUCGGGCACGUGGUUUCAGGAUCGGGAAUUGCUGUUGACAACAAGAAGAUAGAAGCCAUUACUGAAUGGGAGAGGCCAAAGAACGUCAAGGAAAUUCGUAGUUUCCUUGGAUUGGCAGGCUACUACAGAAAGUUCGUGGAAAAGUUCUCUGUUUUGGCAUCGCCAUUGACGAAGCUCACUCGUAAAGGAGCUAAGUUUGUAUGGGAUGACAAAUGUGAGAAAGGGUUCAUGGAACUAAAGAAGAGAUUGACUGAGGCACCGGUACUUGCAUUACCCAGACAAGGUGUGGGGUACGAUGUCUACAGCGAUGCGAGCAUCCAAGGGCUUGGAUGUGUACUGAUGCAGAAUGGGAGGGUAAUCGCCUAUGCUUCACGACAGUUGAAGAAGCAUGAGGUGAAUUAUCCUACUCAUGAUUUGGAGCUGGGGGCAGUGGUGUUUGCACUGAAGAUAUGGAGACAUUAUCUCUACGGGGAGACAUGUCACAUAUACACUGAUCACAAGAUCUUGAAGUACGUGUUUACUCAGAAAGAGCUAAACAUGAGACAGAGACGGUGGAUGGAGCUGAUAAAAGACUACCAUCUAGUGAUAGAGUAUCACCCAGGCAAGGCAAAACGUGGUGGCAGAUGCUUUGAGCCGGAAGAGCUCGUCUGGGGCAUUGCUAGCUAAUUUGAGGGCAUUAAGAGCCCAACUGGAGGUAUCCAGCGAUGGUGCCUUAUUGGCACGAUUUGAGGUGAGACCUACUUUACUUGAUGAGAUCAAGAAGGGUCAGGAAACCGACGAAGAAAUUAUGAAGAUCCGGGAACGCAUGCAAGCGGGACCGGUGGAGGACUUCAGAGAAAGAGAUGACGGACUCUUAUUAUUCCGUGACCGAGUGUGUGUACCGGCAGAUGAGAAGCUCCGAAAGUCCAUCUUAGAGGAAGCUCAUUCAUCGGCUUAUGCCAUGCACCCGGGGGGCACGAAGAUGUACCGUGACCUGAAGGAGAGUUACUGGUGGUCAGGUAUGAAGAGAGAAAUAGCCGAAUAUAUCAGCCGAUGCCUUACUUGUCAACAAGUUAAGGCAGAGCAUCAGCAUCCAGCAGGCUUAUUGCAACCACUUUCCAUUCCUGAAUGGAAGUGGGAACACGUGACUAUGGAUUUUGUGGUAGGUUUGCCACGGACAAUCAGGAACUAUGAUGCAGUUUGGGUUGCUGUAGAUAGGCUCACAAAGAGUGCACACUUCUUGCCAAUCAACACCACUUACCCACUUGAGAGGUUAGCCAAAUUGUAUACGGAUGAGAUCGUGAGGCUGCAUGGGGUCCCAGUGACCAUUGUAUCUGAUAGAGACCCACGAUUCACAUCACGUUUUUGGCCAAAAUUCCAGGAGUCUAUGGGGACGAGAUUGAAGUUCAGUACUGCUUUCCACCCACAGACGGAUGGGCAGUCUGAAAGAGUCAUACAGAUCCUAGAAGACAUGCUGAGGGCUUGUGCAUUGGAGUUCCAAGGAAGUUGGGACAACCACUUAGCACUUGUGGAGUUUGCCUAUAACAACAGUUAUCAGGCAAGCAUCGGCAUGCCUCCAUACGAGGCAUUGUAUGGGAGGAGGUGCCGUACACCGUUAUGCUGGGACGAGGUUAGCAUGGCCAAACUCGAGGGUACUGAGUUGGUUGAGGUCACCAAAUCAAAGGUGAAGUUGAUUCGAGAGAGACUCAAAGCGGCUCAGGAUAGACAAAAGAGUUAUGCAGACAAGCGUCGAAGGAUCUUAGAGUUUAAGGUUGAUGACGAGGUAUUCUUGAAAGUUUCUCCUUGGAAAGGGAUCAUUCGGUUCCAAACCCGAGGAAAACUUAACCCAUGAUAUAUAGGUCCAUUCAGAAUUAUAGAGAGGAUCGGGGCCGUUGCAUAUCGUCUACAGUUGACUCCUGAGUUAGAGAAGAUACAUAAUGUGUUUCAUGUAUCCAUGCUUAAGAAGUACGUGCAUGAUCCCUCUCACGUAUUGGAGAAGCCACCUGUAGAGGUACGUGAGGAUUUGAACUACGCUGUUCAACCUAUCAAGGUCACCGAUAGAAAGGUGAAGAAACUGAGGAGCAAGGAAGUCUCAAUGGUUAAAGUCCUGUGGAAGAGCGAUCGGGUCGAAGAAGAGACAUGGGAAACAGAGGCUUUGAUGAGAAAGCAGUAUGCUUUCCUAUUCGAGUAGAGCUGUGAAUUUCGGGGACGAAAUUCCUGUUAAGGGGGGGUGAACUUGUGACACCGCACCCGAAUGUCCUUGGAAAUUUGAUUUGAAUAUUCAAAGCUUAUGUAUUGGAUUUCUGAUUCCCAAACAUUUUGUAAAACGAUCAAUGUUCUACGUAGUGCAUGGUUGAAUAUCGUACUGUUCAAACUCGUACAUUAGUGUCGGGUUUCGCAAAUACUUACUCGGGACUUAUUAAUAAAUAAAAGAGCCCAACAUUAUCUAUAUAAGUGAUCGAAGGAUUAAAGAAGAAUACAAAUGCCUAUAACCCCAUCUUUGGCAUUUUUGAGCUAAAUAAUGGGAGUAGGAUUUUCCUUCUAUAACAUCCAUCAAGUAAAUUAUUGGGAUGAGCCUACACAUAUUGGAGGUCAAUAAUGUGAUUUAGGAAGUUGACUUGUUCUAAAUAAAUUAGGAUGAGUACAAAAAGACAUCUUUGACAAAGAUAAAACAAUAGGACCCAUCUUCCCAUUUUUGGAAGUAUUGGUAGAUAUUUUGGACCCCAAAUUGAUUGGGAUUAAUUGGGGGGCAUCCCAUGUGGCUUGAGUACCUGCAAGACAAGGAAAAUAUGUGAGGAGACUCACCUUGGCCGCACCACAUGGAGAAGCAUUGCCCAUGACACAAUUGGGAUCAAAUUUUGGGGCCACCACCACUGUUUUCGCACAAACAGGUGUGCUGUUUUGUCUCCCUUCAUUUUGAGAGUUGUACUCGUCCAAAUGGGGUGUAUAAGGUGUCUUUGGAUAGAUUUUGAAGUCUAUUUUCAUAUUUGAGUGGCCACAGUUCGAGAGGAGAGAGCAAUCAUCCAAAAAUCGAUCUGGAACGAGCAGAGGUCUGUGAACUCGAGCUGUGAGGGUGCUGAGACUGUUUGGUCGAUAUCUCGAGUUUUACCAAUCCAAUUAAGGCGUGUGAGAUACCAAAAGAAAGCUCUCAAGACGAGGAAUCCGUGAAGGUCUGGUUUGCAUCAAUCGGAGUAGAGGAAGGCUUCCAAAUCGUCCGAACAGAACGCGACCUCGCAGGAACGGAUUUACUCUUCUAAGAAACGAGUUAGCCGGAAAACACCCAUUCUAGGGGCUGUUUUCGUACCAACGUUUAGGGGUUGAGCUAGCACCUUGAAGAGGCUGUUUAACACUCAUAUUUGAGCAAGGAAUCAGUUCCAAAUCCACCUUGACCGAAGCUUUGACCAUUGGACCAAGAAGGGAAAGUUUAAAGCUCAAUUGAGGUUGAGGCUAGAGCUUGCUUCCUGUGCUCGUUGCCCGAGUGAUUUUCCCCGGAGAGAAGACUUGGUUCGUGCUUCCUCCAUUCAGUUUUAGAACAUUAAUAAACAUGCUCAUGGAUAUUUUACUUUAGAGCCUGCGUGCUCAUGUUUGCCCGGUGUGGCCCUUUGUUUUAAACAAUGUUUUCCGCUGCGUGUUGAAUUACUUAUUAUGUAUGUUUAUGGAUGACUUUUGUGUGAAUGAUAUUCAUGACGCCUUGUAUAAUAUGAAUGUGUUGGAC